AUGGCUACCGGGCAGCAAAAGGAGGGGGUGGCGUCCCCCAACCCACCCCCCCAGACCAACAUACUGGCCACAGCCGGGCUCUUCACGAUAUGGGCAUCCCUCCUGGCCUAUGCCUUUUUUGUUGCCCCCAAUCAGACACCCCUGAGGGAUGCCGUGUUCAUCCAGAAGCUGGUGGGCCUGGGCGACCCCACCACCACCCCAGUGAAUGCUGUCUUCACACAGCUCUUCCUCGCCAUGGGGGUCUGGCCCCUCAUCUACACCGCGCUGCUCAUCCCCAGCGCCCGCAGUGGCAACGGGGUCCCCGCCUGGCCUUUCUGCACCCUCUCGUUUGCCGCGGGCGUGUUUGCGCUGCUGCCCUACAUGGCGCUCUGGACGCCCGAGCGGGAGGGUUCGAGUCGAGAGCCGCGCCGGGGCCCCCGCAUCCUGGAGUCGCGCAUGCUGCCCAUUGCGACGCUGGCCGGCGCGGUGUACUGCAUCGCGGCCGCCGCGCUGGCGGGGUCGGACGCCUGGGUGGCCUUCUUCCAGCUGUUCUGGGAGUCGCGCUUCGUCCACGUCACCACCGUGGACUUCAGCAUGCUCUGCCUCCUGGCGCCCUUCUGGGUGGGCCUGGACGCCUCGCAGCGCGGAUUCCAGGGGCGGGCCGCCGGGCUGGCCGCGCUGCCGCUGCUCGGCCCAGCCAUCUACCUGUGCCUGCGCCCUAGGGCGCCGCCGACCGCUGACGAAGCCGAGCGGCAAUGA